ACUGCAGUCGCCUCCUCAUCGGGCCAGAUUGCGGAUCGCACGGGGCGGCCAAAGGUGCUUCCUGGGGGUCAAAAAUGGUGAAAAUAACGACUGUGAAGACCAAGCCGUACACGGACCAAAAGCCGGGGACAAGCGGCCUGAGGAAGAGGGUGACGGUGUUUCAACAGAACCAGCACUAUGCGGAAAACUUCAUCCAGAGCAUUAUCUCUGUCAUCGAGCCUGCCGAGCGCCAGGCUGCCACUGUGGUGGUGGGAGGAGAUGGCAGGUUUUUCAUGAAAGACGCGAUUCAGUUGAUCGUCCAGAUUGCUGCUGCCAACGGGAUUGGCAGUCUGGUGAUCGGUCAGAAUGGCAUCAUGUCCACCCCAGCUGUCUCCUGUGUGAUCCGCAAGAUAAAGGCAGUGGGUGGCAUCAUCCUCACAGCCAGCCACAACCCUGGAGGCCCCAAUGGUGACUUUGGCAUCAAGUACAACAUCUCCAGCGGAGGACCUGCUCCUGAGGGCAUCACAAACAAAAUAUUUGAGGUCAGCAAAACCCUGCAGGAGUAUCAGAUCUGCCCAGAGCUGAAAGUGGAUCUGUCCAAGAUCGGCAAACAGACCUUUGAGGUGGACACUUUCAAGCCAUUCACAGUGGAGAUCGUGGACUCUGUGGAGGCCUAUGCUGAGAUGCUAAGGGGCAUCUUUGACUUUGCUGCACUGAAAGAGCUUCUCUCUGGAGCCAAUCACAUUAACGUCCGCCUGGAUGCUAUGCACGGAGUGGUUGGUCCUUACGUGAAGAAGAUAGUCUGUGAAGAGCUGGGCUCACCUGCCAACUCAGCAGUCAACUGUGUCCCCCAGGAGGACUUUGGGGGCCACCACCCUGACCCCAACUUGACCUACGCUGCUGACCUGGUCAACACAAUGAAAGGAGGAGAAUAUGAUUUUGGCGCAGCCUUUGAUGGUGAUGGUGACCGCAAUAUGGUGCUGGGUAAACACGGCUUUUUCGUGAACCCCUCAGACUCAGUGGCUGUCAUCGCUGCCAACAUUACCGGCAUCCCUUACUUCCAGAAGACUGGAGUCAAAGGAUUGGCCCGCAGUAUGCCCACCAGUGGAGCCCUUGACAAUGUGGCGAAAGCUCUGAAGAUGCAGCUGUACGAGACUCCAACUGGCUGGAAGUUCUUUGGGAAUCUGAUGGACGCUGGAAAACUUUCACUGUGUGGAGAGGAGAGCUUCGGCACAGGCUCAGAUCAUAUCCGUGAGAAGGACGGCCUGUGGGCGGUGCUUGCAUGGUUGUCAAUCUUAGCCACCAGGAAACAGAGCGUAGAAGAGAUCAUGAAGGAUCACUGGCAGAAAUUUGGCAGGAACUUCUUCACCAGGUACGACUAUGAGGAGGUCGACUCAGACGCCGCCAACAAGAUGAUCAAGGAUCUGGAGACGGCGAUGUUCGACCCUGCUUUUGUGGGAAAGAAGUUCUCAUCAGGGGAUAAGACUUAUGAGGUGGCUAUCGCUGACAACUUUGCCUACACAGACCCUGUGGACGGAAGUGUGUCCAAAAACCAGGGCCUCCGUAUCAUCUUCUCCGAUGGUUCUAGGAUCAUUUUCCGUCUCAGCGGUACAGGCAGCGCGGGAGCAACCAUCAGGCUCUACAUAGACAGCUAUGAGAAGGAUCCUCAGAAGAUUUACCAGGACCCACAGGUGAUGCUGGCUCCCCUGGUAGACAUCGCCCUGAAGGUCUCUCAGCUCCAAGAGAAGACUGGACGCACUGGCCCCACUGUGAUCACAUGAUUCCUCCACCACACUGCCUCCUGUCACCCUUAGCAACAGGAUACCUCCGCUCUCUCGGGGGUGAAGCUGCCCUUGAAUGCUGUCUUGGCUUUGGUUCCCGGGACUCUUAGAAAGCUUAGAGCUGGACGAAAAAGUGAAACUCAACAUGCAGGUUAAAUGCAAGAAAAUGCAUGAGGAGCUCUUGAUAUAUCUUACAUUGAAAUGUGUCCACUGCCAUUGUUUAGUGUGAGUAUUAAUGUGCUGUUUUCUUUCCAAGUGACCUGCCAGACAUAUACUGUAGACAUGGUUACAUGUUAAUUUAUUAUUAUUUGAUUUAUUAAUGUGGUCUAAGGAAAACAACAUUUAAAAAGUCAAAAGUGGACUGAGAAACUUGAAUUGAGUGUCCCUCAUGUCAUCUCUGAAACCAUGUUUAACCAUGUUAUUGUCCAGAUCUGUUUCUGAACCGUAUCAUUAGAUGGUGAAACUGACCAUAAGUCAGCCAUCUGGGGCAACCUCACCCCACCUCUCACUUUGUGACCUGGUGCCUUCCCCUCCCUCUGUUCUCCAGAACCACCAAAAUAGCCUCUCAUCUCUAACCAUGACCCACAGCAAACGCCUUCAGACUAACACAUCCACCAUUAAUAAAAUAAUGUUACACAAAAGAAG